AGCAUUGUGUUUCUACUGUAAAGAGGUGACUUGGCUUUGCCGAGUGUUUUCUACUUCGUUGUGAAAACGGACAUCAUGCUCAGAAAGUUGGACGCUUUAUGAAAAGCAUGAAACUGCGUGUGAGGAUAAACAAGCAGACCAGCAGGGUGACGCUGGAGGGAGAGGAGCCCACUCUGACAGAGCUCAACGUUCAAAUCAGAGAGAUCCUUCUGCCUUCACAUGGACUCAGCCCAGACACAGAGUUCACCUUGUCCCUGAACAGCGCAGAUGUUCUAUCUGACUCUGGUCAGACUUUGUCCUCCUGUGGCAUCGUCACUGGGGACCUGGUCUGUGUCAUCCUGCCUCCAUCUGUGGCGGUGCCCUCCGACGCCUCUACCCCCUGCGCUGGCCCUGCUCCCUCAGCCCGCCAGGCUGUGCCCUCAGGCUCCCCUGCUUCCUCCGCUGCCUUUGCCGCCUCAGCCCGCCAGGCAUCCAGCAGCAGCAGUAGUAGUAGUAGUAGUACUGGGCUGUACCAAGCUGUACACCCACCAGCCCAACGCUCCAGUGAGGCCAGCACCACCAGCAAGGGGGCGGAGACUCAACAGGAAGUGGUCAGAGAGGAGGAGCAGGAAGGAGAGGCAGGUCGGUGGGUGUGGGAGCCCAUGCUGUGUGGGGAGGCAGAAGGAGGGAAGGUCCCCCAUUCCCUGGAGGUUCUGUAUCACCAGGCUCAGAGCAGCAGUACCUGUGAUGCCCUGAUGGUGGCAGUACACCUCCUGAUGGUAGAGACGGGCUUCCUGUGUCAGGGCUCUGAGGGGCGUCCUGGUGAGAUGCCAGCUGGGUGGAGGGCCCCAGGAGGGCUGUACAGACUGCAGUAUGCUCAUCCUCUCUGUGACGACAGCCUGGCCAUGGUCCUAGCUGUUCCCAUGGGACCCGUUCUCGUUAUCAACGCCACCCUGAAGACGAACCAGCAGGUGGAGACAGUGAGGAAACUGUCACUGAAACCCUCCACCUAUGUGACCGACCAGUGGACAGGUGACAGCGCAGCGGCCGUCUACACAGAGCUGAGGAAGUUGUCCCGGGUCUUCAAAGACCAGCUGGUGUAUCCUCUGAUAGCUUCAGCCAGAGAAGCCAUGGCCCUGCCAGCAGUGUUUGGCCUGCCAGUCCUUCCUCCAGAGCUGUUACUGAGGGUGCUGAGACUGCUGGAUGUCUCCUCUCUCCUGGCCCUCUCCUCAGUCAACAGACACCUCCACCAGACCACCGCAGACCCGGCCCUGUGGAGACACCUCUACCGCAGAGACUUCAGGGACUGCCAAGACCACAGCAGAGUCAGAGACGCUCGGUGGAGAGAGCUCUACAAGAAGAAGUACAAGUGGAGGAGAGAGGCAGCCAGUUACCCCCGCCACACGCCCCGUUACCACCCUGCCCCCCCACCCCUCUACCCCCUCCACCCCCUCCCCAACAACCCCUUCCCCUUCUACCCGCCUGGCAUCAUCGGUGGGGAAUACGACCAGAGACCCGGCAUCCCCGGUGGCAUUCUGCCCCGCCCCCGCUACGACCCGAUUGGUCCGCUGCCAGGUCACGAUCCCACAGCAGGAGGGCUGAUUGGACGAAGGGGGCUGAGACCUACUGGGAACCGGCCGGCUGACAUCAGAAGAGGGUUCAUAUGAACCUCCCUGACCAGUGACCUCUAGUGGUGGUGUAGCAGUAUGACCACCUCACAGAGAAGCUUAAAUAAAACAGAGAUGUUGAAGACUGAUUGAUUUAGCCUACCUUAAAUAAGGCACCUGAGUGCUAUAAGUCACAGAUAACUGGUGUUGUUCGGUCUAUAAACACUAACCCUCAUCCAGUCUGCUUAUUAUCCCCUAACCAUCAUCCAGUUGUUUUAUAUAAACCCUAUCUCUGACCCAGAAUCAGCUUUUAAUAGCUCAUGUUCUCCUGUGUGUGUUUAUUAGUAAGUGAUGAGGUCAGAUCAUACCGAUCUUCAUUUGAUCUCUCUGUUGUUGCAGAGAAUGUUGCUGCACAGCAGGAAAUGCAAACUUCUCAAAGUUUUCCCGUGAGAAACUGGUCAAAUUUUAAAGAUAGCAGAUUUGUAGGGGUGCCUCGGGGGCAUUGAGGUGGCCGGUUUCUAUCUUCCACCAUUCACUAUGAAGACGUUUUGUAGAGCACUUGUUUCCCCGCAGACUAAAAGCUUUAAAUAAAAUGUGGUCAUAUUUGAGCCCUCAGUCUCUCUCUGAAAAACCAGACAGUUCAGGGACGAUUCAUCUACACUGAACAAAAAUAUAAACACAACAUGUAAAGUGUUGGUCCCAUGUUUCAUGAGAUGAAAUAAAAUAUCCCAGAAAUGUUC